CUCUGACACUUAUUGAUCACAAUUGCUGAAAGUCUAGACCCCUUGGAACUGUAAAUUGGCCUCCAGAUCCUUGCGAAAGCGUUCGUAGCCUCAUCGACAUGGCGACUCACGGGGCUGCCACCCAGCCCACCAAAGUGUCAAUCCUCGGGAAGGACUCAAUUGUGGUCCAUUAUGGCCUUUGGCAGAGCUACAUUGCUCACGAUCUCCUUACUGCAAUACCCUCGUCGACGUACGUGCUGAUCACAGACACCAACAUUGGACCCCUCUACAUCCCCUCCUUCCAAAAGAGCUUCAGUCGGGAAGCUGCAGCCCUCUCCUCCCCCCCGCAACUCCUCACAUACCAAAUCCCGCCUGGUGAGAACUCUAAAUCACGGUCGACAAAAGGCGUUGUCGAAGAUUGGCUCCUGUCACAAGGAUGCACGAGGGACACGGUCAUAAUUGCUCUUGGUGGAGGUGUGAUCGGGGAUAUGAUAGGCUUUGUUGCGGCCACCUACAUGAGGGGCAUCAAGUUUGUGCAAGUGCCUACAACACUGCUAGCCAUGGUGGACUCGUCAAUUGGCGGAAAGACAGCAAUUGACACUCCCGCGGGCAAGAAUCUCGUCGGAGCAUUCUGGCAGCCGCAAAGGAUUUAUAUUGAUCUCCAGUUCUUGGAAUCAUUGCCAAAGAGGGAGAUCAUCAAUGGCAUGGGUGAGGUAGUCAAGACUGCCGCCAUCUGGGAUGAGGAGGAGUUCACUGCGCUGGAGGCCAAUGCUGAAGUGAUCCUCCAAGCCAUCGAUAAAAAGCCAAUCAAUGGCCGUCGCAAUCUGGACGAUAUAGCUUUUAUCCUGAAGCGAAUCGUAAUAGGGUCCGUCCGAGUCAAGGCCGAGGUAGUGUCGGCUGACGAACGAGAAGGCGGUUUACGGAAUCUCCUCAACUUCGGACACUCGAUCGGGCAUGCAAUGGAAGCCAUUCUCACUCCUCAGAUUCUCCAUGGAGAAUGCGUAGCGAUGGGCAUGGUGAAAGAGGCGGAACUUGCGAGAUACCUCGGAGUCUUAGACCCGUCUGCUGUUGCUCGCCUCACGAAAUGUAUCGCCAGCUACCAACUCCCUACGUCACUAUCGGACAAGGUUGUUCGAAAACGGUCUGCGAACAAGCAUUGCCCAGUCGAUGAGAUGAUCUCCAUCAUGGCUGUAGAUAAGAAGAAUGCUGGCAAACAGAAGAAGAUCGUCCUUCUCUCUGGCAUUGGCCGGACCCACGAGAAGAAGGCCAGCUCGGUUGCAGAUCGGGAUAUCAAGCUCAUCCUCUCUCCCAGUGUACUAGUCCACCCUGACAUUUCCUUCGAUUCAGUUGUAACGUGCACACCCCCUGGGUCUAAGAGCGUUUCGAAUCGCGUGCUGGUUCUCGCUGCCCUUGGUUCUGGUUCAUGUCGCAUCAGCAAUCUUCUACAUUCAGAUGAUACUCAAGUUAUGCUAGAUGCACUGACGAAAAUGCAAGGGGCCACCUUUUCGUGGGAAAAUGAUGGCAAAGAGCUGGUUGUCACUGGAAAUGGCGGCAACCUGAAGACGACCAACGAUGCGUUGUACCUGGGCAAUGCUGGAACGGCCUCCCGAUUCUUGACAUCCGUUGCUGCUUUGGCACAGCGAACAGGAGACAUCACAUCCACUGUUCUCACUGGUAAUGCUCGGAUGAAGGAGCGUCCGAUUGGCCCGCUCGUUACGUCUCUUCGAUCCAUGGGGGUAGAUGUAUUCUUCAAAGAAAAAGAGGGCAGCUUGCCAUUGCGAAUCUCAGCCUGUGGAGGCUUCGGUGCAACCUCAGGAGAGCGAGCUUUUACUGGAGACAUCGAGCUUGGUGCUACAGUUUCCUCUCAAUACGUUUCUUCCCUUCUCAUGUGUGCUCCGUAUUCUAAGGUACCCGUCACCCUUCGACUUGUCGGAGGCAAACCGAUCUCGCAACCUUAUAUCGACAUGACAAUUGCCAUGAUGGCAACUUUCGGUGUGCAGGUCGAGAAAUCGCAAACGGAGCUAAACACCUACCAUAUUCCAAGUAAACCUUACACAAACCCCGCCGAAUAUGUUGUCGAGAGUGAUGCGAGUUCGGCAACAUACCCGCUCGCAAUAGCAGCCAUCACAGGCACAACUUGCACAGUGCCGAAUAUCGGUUCUGCAUCGCUGCAAGGUGACGCACGCUUUGCGGUCGAGGUUCUUCGGCCGAUGGGAUGUAAAGUUGUACAAACAACGACCUCCACCACUGUGACCGGCCCGCCGAAGGGUGGUCUCAAGGCAGUUAAAGAAAUCGACAUGGAGCCGAUGACGGAUGCAUUCCUCACCGCUUCAGUCUUAGCUGCUGUCGCAUCCUCCAACGGCUCCACUACCACCACUCGAAUAUAUGGUAUUGCCAAUCAACGAGUGAAGGAGUGUAACCGGAUUCAAGCGAUGGAGGACGAACUUGCGAAAUUCGGUGUUACAUGUCGACAAUUUGAUGAUGGCAUUGAGGUUGAUGGUCGAGGAUAUCAGUUAGACUCACCGAAAGCUGGUAUCCACUGUUACGACGAUCACAGAGUCGCCAUGAGUUUUGGCGUCCUCGCUCUUGUAGCCCCAAAGCCUGUGCUCAUUCUUGAGAAAUAUUGCACCGCCAAGACGUGGCCAGGAUACUGGGACAAUCUUAACCAGUUAUUUAAAGCCCAAUUGGAUGGGGUUGAGGAACAGCUCGUCCUACACGACAGCCAUCACGGCCUCAAGACACAUGAAAAAUCUAUCUUCAUCAUUGGUAUGCGAGGUGCUGGCAAAACAACCACCGGCGGUUGGGCAGCUCGCAUUCUCGGGUGGCCUCUUCUUGACUUAGACACAGCUUUGGAGGAGCAUGUAGGCAUGACGAUCCCGGAGCUCAUCAAAGGGAAGGGAUGGGACGGCUUCCGAGAUGAGGAGCUGAAGUUCCUAAGCAAAACGAUGAAGGACCGGCCCACAGGACAUAUUCUCGCUUGUGGUGGUGGCAUUGUCGAACUGCCCGAAGCACGAAAGAUGCUUUCGGGAUGGCAGAAGGACGGUGGUAUUGUGCUUCUGGUUACCAGAGAUAUUAGCAAGGUCAUGUCAUUCCUUCAAAUCGAUAAAACACGACCCGCUUACGUCGAGGAUAUGAUGGGCGUUUGGCUGAGGCGAAAGCCUUGGUACCUGGAGUGUAGCAACUACCAUUUCCACAGUCAAAGCGUUGAUUCUGUCGGUCUCGCCAACACAUUAGAGGACUUCUCCAGAUUCUUGGCUCUAAUAUCCGGGAAUGGGGCAGCAUUGCAAGUGGUGAAGAAGAGGAAACAGUCCUUCUUUGUUUGUCUUUCCGCCCCUCAGAUUCUGCCUUGGGUCAAAAAGCUUCCAGAGAUUGUGGUUGGCUCAGAUGCGGUCGAGCUGCGAGUGGAUCUAUUGGAAGAUCCCAACUCAAACGAGGGAAUACCAUCGCCGGAAUUUGUCGUCGAUCAAAUCGCCUUGUUGCGGACUGUUAUAACGGUGCCACUAAUAUUCACCCUUCGAACAAAAGCCCAAGGAGGCAGGUUCCCAGACGAGGCUUAUAAUGAGGCUCAACAGCUCUACCGCACUGCACUCCGAUUGGGGGUCGAAUUCGUUGACCUUGAAAUGACAAUGCCGGAGGAAAUUCUCCGCGAAGUCUCUGAAAACAGGGGCUUCACCAACAUCAUUGCUUCACAUCACGACCCGCAAGGGCAGCUGUCGUGGAGUAACGGCUCUUGGAUACCAUUCUACAACAAGGCUCUUCAAUACGGCAACGUCAUCAAGCUAGUAGGAAUAGCGAAGACUUUACAAGACAAUUUUGCCCUAGCAGAAUUCAAGACUUGGGCAGAGAGUUCUCACCCUGUCCCCAUCAUCGCAAUCAACAUGGGCGAGCAUGGCAAACUCAGCAGGAUAUUAAACAACUUUAUGACGCCUGUUUCACAUCCUCUGCUGCCAUCUGCAACAGCCCCUGGCCAGCUUUCGGCUACAGAUAUUCGAAGUGGGCUCUCUCUUAUCGGCGAAAUUCAGCCCAAGAAAUUCUACAUUUUUGGCUCUCCCGUCCAGCAAUCGCGCUCCCCACCAAUGCAUAACGCUCUGUUCGCCGAGACUGGCCUUCCUCACUCCUACAGCAUUCAUGAAACAACGAACGCAAGCGACAUUAAAGAAAUUAUCCGCUCUCCCAACUUUGGCGGUGCUUCUGUCACAAUACCACUGAAGCAAGAUGUACGUCCACUUCUUGAUAGCGUGGGGCCUGAGGUCGAUGCCAUUGGCGCGCUCAACACAAUUGUCCCUGAAACCAGCGUUGACGCCUCCGGCAAAGAAACCACGCACCUCGUCGGGCACAACACCGACUACCUCGGCAUGAAGCUUAUUCUGCGCAAUGCUGGCGCACAAGGCAGCGCCGGCCUUCAAAGCGGCAUCGUCAUCGGCGGCGGUGGUACAUCGCGUGCCGCCAUUUACACACUCCACUCAAUGCAAUAUUCCCCCAUCUAUCUCCUCGGAAGGAGCCCAUCUAAGCUCGCAAAGGUCGUAGAAGACUUCCCCCAAAGCUACGAUAUCCGCAUCAUUCCCGACUUCACCUAUAUCGCCAACCUUGAGAAAUUACCGACCGUCGCGAUUGGCACUAUUCCUGCUGACCAACCAAUUGAUACUGGUAUUCGCGAAACACUGUGCGCCCUGUUUGAGCGUGCGAAGGCUGAAGAUGCGACGGUGGAUAAGGGUGACAUGGGGAGGAUUUUGCUUGAGAUGGCAUAUAAACCAACUGUUACGAGCUUGAUUCGCUUGGCGGUGGAUGCGGGUUGGAAGACGGAGAAUGGAUUGGAGGUCCUGGUUGGGCAGGGGGUUUAUCAGUUUGAGAUGUGGACGGGGGUUAAGCCGCUUUAUAAGGUUGCUAGGGACGCUGUUAUGGGUACUUGAUAUUCGCACAAGUACUUUUCUCAUAGGGUGAUGAUUCUGGGUGAUUGAGAUGCAGCAUAACAGCGUGAGUUUCGUUUAUUGUGCUCGACUUUCUCGCUGUAGUUAGAGUAGACAACAGGCAAAGGAAAUUGU